AGGAAAACAGAAAACAGUCGACGGCGGGCGGCCGCGCGAAUCUGACGCCUUUACCUCAACUUGGCAAAAAAAAAAAAACGCGCGCGCGCGGGAAAAUUGACAAUAAUAUAUUUUAAGGACUUUAGAAGUAUUUAUGAAUUUUUGUUUUCUUUUACUAAAACGUAAAAAAAAGUAUUGUUUUUAAUAAAUAAAAUUUGCUUAUAGUCAAUUUAAUUGCUAUAAGCACGCGCCAAAGUGUUAAUGACAAAUAAACAUUCCAGAAAUUACGACAAUAAAUAUUUAUAGAUUAAAUUAUUUACAUAAUUAAAAUAGAGAAUAUUUUAUAAAAUAUAUUGGAGAAUUAUUAAAGAUGACGGAGCCUAAAAAUUUGGAAGUAUGCGGCAGCGUGAUGGACGGGAUUGCGGAGAAAGGGAGCGCGCUAGAGUCUCCCAGCAAGAAGCAGCCCACUGAGUAUACUGUGUACCCCGUCAGAUGGGUGGUCCUGUUUAUCUUCGUGCUGUACUCCGCGUCCAACUCGUUGCAGUGGAUCCAGUACAGUAUAAUCCAGGAUGCGGUCGUGAAGUAUUACGGAGUGUCGAGCAUAGUGGUGUAUUGGACCUCCAUGGUGUACAUGAUCACGUACAUUCCGCUCAUAUUCCCAGCGAGCUGGCUGCUAGACAAAGCGGGCCUUCGUGUAACCACCAUAAUCGGCGCCUUCGGAACCUGUGCCGGAUCAUGGCUCAAGGUGUUCUCGGUUCCACAAGAUAUGUUCUGGCUCGGCUUUACUGGCCAGACUGUAGUGGCUAUCGCACAAGUUUUCAUCCUGAACGUACCACCUCGCCUGGCAGCCGUGUGGUUUGGAGCUGAUCAAGUUUCCUCUGCCUGCAGUGUUGGAGUGUUUGGAAAUCAGUUGGGUGUCGCAGUCGGGUUCUUCCUUCCGCCGAUGCUGGUCCGCGCGCAAGGCACCAUCGAGGAGAUCGGCGCUGACUUCCAGCUGAUGUUCUACAUCGUCGCAGCCUUCACCAGCGUGCUCUUUGUGCUGAUCCUUCUGUUCUUCAAAGCGGCACCACCCACGCCACCCUCAGCAGCCGCAGACCUCGGCUCGAACCUGGACUCCAACUUCUUGCAAUCAAUUAAGAAGCUACUCACCAACAGAAACUACGUUCUGCUGCUAAUCUCGUACGGUCUCAACGUGGGUGUGUUCUACGCUAUAUCCACCCUUCUCAACCAGCUGGUUCUCACGUAUUAUCCGGGGGCAAACGAAGAUGCAGGUCGAAUCGGACUGGUGAUCGUGGUAGCUGGUAUGACCGGCUCCGUGGUCUGCGGCCUGAUCCUGGACAAGACCCACAGGUUCAAGGAGACGACCCUCGCUGUGUACGCGGCUUCCGUUGUGGGGAUGAUCAUCUUCACGUUCACGCUUGACUGCGGCAUCAUCGCUGUAGUGUAUCUCAGCAGUAUUUUACUUGGAUUCUUCAUGACUGGCUACUUGCCGGUCGGCUUUGAGUUCGCUUCCGAGGUGACGUACCCCGAGCCUGAAGGCACUACAUCAGGGAUACUCAAUGCCGUUGUUCAGAUUUUCGGCAUUGUCCUGACAUUGACAUACGAGUGGAUGCUGAGCAACAUAAGCGAUCGCUGGUCGAACCUGACUCUCUGCGCCAUCCUGGCCCUGGGAACAGUCAUCACCGCGUGCAUCCGCUCCGACCUGCGACGACAGGCUGCCCAAAAUAAGGGAUAAACCACCGUAUACUUUACACUGUAGAGUCGUUAUUUCGACGGGGAUAUGUCGCCUUUUUAUAGUAUUGAAUUCAACACUUGUGCGCUGGUGUAUUUGUGUGUGAGAAUGGCCACUAUUUAUUCUAAUAGCAUUUAUUAACAGGAUUUUAAAGCAAUACAGUUGCUAGUUAAAAUAUACACCCAAUUAUGUCUGUAAAUUCUAAGUAGUGCAGAAUAGGCAGCGCAAAAGGAUCGCGCAAGAAUAAAACAAAGCCUCAUAAUUUCUACUUUUCUUUUACACAUCGGCGUAUUUAGGAUUAUUUUCAAGGUGGGUGGUGAUCCUAAAAAAAGCGCACAUGUACUCUUAAACUGGCAAACAUAUUGGUUUGAGUGAACUGCAAUAUAAUGUCUCAGUACUGUUUACAUCUUAGAUUUAGGACACAUCUUAGAUAGUACAUGCAGUCCUAAUAGAUAAUAACAUAACAUGAAAAUAUGAGUAAUAUCGGAAGUAUUUUUUGUCUUAUUCUGCCUAUGCUUUUGUGUUUGGAUAGUUUUACUUAUUUGCCACGACGUAAACAUUAUUCUCUUUCUACGGUUUACACAAAACCAGUCGACUUUUGAGGCAGUUCUUCCCUCUAAAUUAGUAACAAUUUGAUCUGUCAAUAGAUACAUUGUCGCUACCCCAUGCCUGAAAUGAGACAACGAUAUCCAGUGUCAUGUUCUUUCUUAUGUUAAUACAUUUAUUUACUUUAUAUAAGUUUUUCGAUUUUUGUCACUAUAUCGUCUUUCAGUCCACACAUCUCUCUAAUCACACAGUUUCGUUCUCUAUCGAGAAAAGAAUGUUGCGUUAGUUUGGCCAUUUGGAGAGGACGGAUGAAAGAAUUACGAAAGAGAUUUAUCGAGCAAGAAUGAAUGGAGAUAUCGGUAGGAACCUCCCUAGACGGACGUAUGUCGACCAAACAGGCGACGUGCUGAAGAACGGCCAAAUUAAAAGUACAAUGUACCCGUAACCGGCGAGCGUGUAUGAAAAGAUUGAUGAAUGUUGAGGAAGCGAAAGAGGUCUGUUUGAAUCGAAGCAUUUGGCGUUCCAUUGUUUCUGCCUACCCUAAUGGGAGACAGGCGUGACAGAUAUGUAUGUAUGUAUGUAUUAUAAUUUUUUCUUGCACUGAGAAUUAGUCAUACUUACGCUACGUCGCGUUCAUCUCAAUAUGUAUACGGCCUUAUAGUUGCGUGAAUCUUGUAUGAGUGUUGAUUUUAUUAUAUAAUAUUUUACAUUAAUGGAUCUGAAUUUGUCCUAUAGCGACAUAUCCCCAUGUAUUCUGUCAUUGCAUAGAAAAAUAUUUAAUAUUUAGUAAUUAAAUGAUGGGAGCUAAUUUGCAAUUGUGACAAUAAAAUUGUAUGACUGUAGGUUUCAUAAGUAUUUUGCCAAAUAUUUAUACGAUCAAAAUAAUUUUACGUAGAGACUUGGAUGUAUUUUUUAGAACUAGAUGGCGUUAUUUAAUAGAUUAUUCUUAUUAAGUAUAAAUUAUCUGCCCAGCGUUGUCUUAGACAGAGAGGUGGAUAGAAAAAUCUAAAAAAAAAAUCGAAGAAUGCUUCUCGUGAGGGCUUUUUAUGAAGGCUUAAAACCUGUCAGUUCUACAAAAUAAAUGUUGUUGUUUUUAAAAUUCGUCCAAAAUGGUCAAGUUUGCUUGACCAUUUUGGACGAAUUUUAAAAAUGACAUGGACAUGGCCCAUAUAGCCUCAAAAUAAACGAAGCUACGUUCCAAAUUGGCACUACAGGCAUAGACAAUAUAGAUUAGAUUGUAGUCACGUGAUCUAAAUCUGUCAAGUUUUUAAAUGUUUGUAUUAAGCCCCUAAUUUCGGUCUUAGACUGUGAUGGCCAGGUACACUGAAAAAACUCGGUUAAACAAAUGAUUUAGGUAAACCGCUUUUUACGUAUCGUUCAGUAACUGUAUCUAAAAAAUAGAUGCAACAGUCUAUAAUAGUUAAAUAGAAUCUGUUUAACUUUGGAUACAAAGUUGACUGUAACUGAUUUUUUUCAGGUAUCACUAUAAAGAAUUUACUUGUAACAACAAUUCCUAAACUUUUAGUACGUAACUAGGUAUUGUUACUAUUUCAGUAAAAAACUAUUUUACAGAGGAAGGCCUAUCUACAGCAUAACUAAUUAUUUAAAUUAAGGCUUGUGACUUUAGUAUCUACCCAGUUUUAAGUGAGAUGUGGACAGCAAAUAUAUAGUGUUCCAUAGAUAUAUAACGAUUUAUGUAAUAAUGUUGUAUAGAGAAAAAUAUAAGAUUCGAUGUGAGUUAACAGUAUUAUCUAUCUAUAUAAUAGAAUAAUAUUUUGUGUAGAUUAUUUAUAGUAUGUGGUAGGAUAUAUUGUUUAUUAUUGUUAAGUACCUAUUAAUUAAAAACAUUCCUAACGGUAUGGAAUGUUGCUGUCAUAUUAUAUCUAUUUUAUAGAUAAUAUAUCUACAAAUUUUAAUAGGUAUUAGGCGUAAUGACAGGUAAACUUGCAAAUUUCAACAAGGUAAUUAAAUAUUAGGCGUAGGUCAUUUUCAUAAAAUUCUUGGAAACGAUCUCAUCUCGACAAUAAUUAUUCUUACAGGCAGUUUAAUGUGAUGCUAAUGUUGAAUUAAAAAUACAUUUAAUAGGUUAUUAUAUGGAGGUAGGUAUACGUUCAAAACGAAAAUAAUUACCUACAUACAAAUGUUUAAAAUUUAACUUAUUUUUGUAACACUACAUAAAAAAAAUAUCUAGGUACGUACCUACCAAUAAUGUAGGUGCCUGAAUUUUUUAAACUUGUACGAUUUUCUCAUUGAUUACAUACUUAAAAUAAUUUCUAAUAAAGUGAGAAGUAUCUGUCAAUCCUUACUCAAAAUAUCUUUUACAAUUCUUUGAAUUACGUUUUAUAAUUUAAUAAUGGUCGUAAUUAUAUACUUUGAUACCUAGAUAUAAAUAUUAUCUAACCUGCUCAUCUAGACAAAUGGCACACAAAUCUACCGAUAUCUAUGCUUUUGUUAUCGUAAGAUUUUUUGUCGCUUGUCUAUGAAAGUUGACUAUAAUAAUUAAAAUGAAACGACAAUAAAACAUGUUUUUAAACAUUUAUUAUGGUAUCUAAGUGCAAUGCAUUAUAAUUCCCGCAACGGGGACGAUUCGAUUUCCAUUUCUCAAUCCAAACACUACAUAUUAUAAUUAAGCAUAUUUCGUGCAUGAAAAAUACCGGUUCUUUUUUUAUUAAAAAAAAAAGGAUUAGGUAUCUAAAGUCUAUCGCUACUGAUUUUUGUAUGCGGGACACCAGAGAGAGAUUAUAAGUGAGGUUGAAGCAGUCAGUUAGGCCGUAGUAACUAGUUUACUAGGAAUUAACUACCACAUUGCUUCCAGAUGGAUAAUAGAGUAUAUUAUUGUUAACAAUGAAACCGCCAGUCGUUGCUGUUAAACCCCCUUAUGGCCUUCUAAAAAUAAUAAUAAAUUGAAUUUAAAAUCCUCUCUUCCCUAACCAUUAAAGUACUAUGUACUGGUAAUUAUACUUGGUUGCAAAUAAAAUUUCGAGGUUUAGUUCUCUGAAUGGUAUUCAUCCAUUUACAAACUUACUUUGUAUUUGCAUAUUAUUCGUAUGAAAAUAUUAGGUAAAAGUAAAUUCAUGCCGAAUCCGUGCUUAAUUUUAUUGCAAAGUGGUACUUUCUAAAUGUCAUUCCAUAUUAUAGAAUAUAAGUGACUGUAAUUUGAUGUGUUAAAUGUUUAUUGUUCAAUAAAAUCUGUUGAUCAGCCUCUUAAAAA